AUGAGCCUCGACAUUACCAUCACGGGGUGGCAGACGCGCGAUGUGCGCUUUCCCACCUCGCUGGACAAGACCGGCUCUGAUGCCAUGAAUGCCGCCGGUGACUACUCCGCCGCUUACUGCAUUCUCGAGACCGAUUCCAAGUUCGCUGGACACGGCAUGACCUUCACCAUCGGCCGCGGAAACGAUAUUGUCUGCAAAGCCAUUGACUACCUCGUCGAGAGAGUCAAGGGCAAGAAGUUGUCGGAUCUUGUCUCGAACUGGGGCAAGACCUGGAGAUACCUCGUCAACGACAGCCAGCUGAGGUGGAUCGGCCCCGAGAAGGGUGUCAUCCACCUGGCCCUCGGCUCCGUCGUCAACGCUAUUUGGGACCUGUGGGCCAAGGUUCUUGGCAAGCCCGUCUGGCGUAUCGUCGCCGACAUGAGCCCCGAGGAGUUUGUUGCCUGCAUUGACUUCCGCUAUAUCACCGACGCCAUCACCCCCGAGGAGGCCAUCCAGCUCCUCAAGGAGCAGGAGCCUACCAAGGCCCAGCGCAUCAAGGACGCCGAGAACAGCCGCGCCGUCCCGGCUUACACCACGAGUGCGGGCUGGCUCGGCUACGGCGAGGACAAGAUGAAAGGCCUGCUGCAGGAGACCCUUGGCAAGGGAUACCGCCACUUCAAGCUCAAGGUCGGCAGCAGCGUCGAGCAGGACAAGAGACGUUUGAGCAUCGCCCGUGAGGUCAUUGGCUACGACAGCGGCAACAUCCUCAUGGUCGACGCCAACCAGGUCUGGUCUGUGCCCGAAGCCAUUGAGUACAUGAAGGAGCUCAAGGAGUUCAAGCCCUGGUUCAUCGAGGAGCCCACCUCUCCCGAUGACAUCCUUGGCCACAAGGCCAUCCGUGAGGCCCUGAAGCCCUACGGCAUCGGCGUUGCCACCGGCGAGAUGUGCCAGAACCGUGUCGUCUUCAAGCAGCUGCUCAUGUCUGGGGCCAUCGACAUCUGCCAGAUCGAUGCCUGCCGCAUGGGUGGUGUCAACGAGGUCCUCGCCGUCCUGCUGAUGGCCAAGAAGUACAACGUCCCAAUCGUGCCUCACUCCGGUGGUGUCGGUCUCCCCGAGUACACCCAGCAUCUGAGCACCAUCGACUACGUCGUCGUCAGCGGCAAGCUCUCCGUCCUGGAGUACGUCGACCACCUCCACGAGCACUUCCUCAACCCUUCCGUCAUCAAGGACGGAUACUACCAAACCCCUACCGAGCCUGGCUACAGUGUCGAGAUGAAGGCCGACAGCAUGGCCAAGUUCAGCUACCCUGGCAAGCCCGGCGUCAGCUGGUGGACCAGCGACGAGGCCAAGCCUAUCAUCGAGGGAGAGAAGAUCUAA